AUGGCUGAAAAGUUAUUAAUAAGAGCAUUGAAAGGUGGUAAAAACACUAGGAUUGUUACCUUGAAUGGAAAGAAGAUAACAAAGAUGCCCUCAUCAUUAGAAAGACUGCCUGGCUUGAGGACUCUAGACCUUCAGAAUAACCUAAUCUCCAAGGUGUGCCCAGAGAUAAACACCUUGACUCAGUUGACAAAACUAAAUCUGGGAAACAAUCUUUUAGAAGAAGUUCCAGAAGAGAUUAAAUAUCUUACAUCUCUGAGGAAGCUCCAUUUAUUUGGAAAUAGGAUUUAUAGAUUUGCACCAGGAGUAUGUGAUGGCUUACAAAAUUUGAUUCUGCUUAAUCUGAACAACAAUCAGCUCACACGGAUUCCUGAAGAAAUCAGCAGAUUAAAAAGCCUUACAUAUUUGAGUCUAAAUCAUAACCAGCUGGACAGCAUUCCUAAAGAACUUUGUUUCCUUAACAACCUCUCUGAACUUCAACUCAGCUACAAUAAGCUUGUUUGCAUACCUGAAGAGAUUAAAUUCUUGAAGAAGCUCCAGAAGCUUCUUCUGGUCAGGAACAACAUUGAAGCUUUGCCAGAGGGACUUUGCGAUCUUAUGAACCUAAGAACCCUGGACAUAGCUGGAAAUAUUAUUCGUAUAUUUCCCCCAGGAUUUCAGGUUCUGAAGCUGAGGGAAUUGUACUGUGAAGAAAACCCACUGUUUCUGAAACAACCAGUUACUGCUAUAAAACAGGAAGAUGUUUGGAGUCUACAGGAAAUAACAUCAAGAUUUAUAAUGAAUCAGCUAGCAGCAAAUAAUCCUUUCCUAAUGCAAGCUAUAACAUGGCACCCACAGGUCAGGGACAUAAUCUCUCAAGGAAGAAAAUGUGCAAUAUGUGGAAACUUCUUUUUAGCCAUAUGGCUGGAAUGUGUUGAGUUUGUUCCUCCAUCAAAGAAAUGGAAGAUAAGCAGAAACCUACACCUGGUACCUCUUCGAAUAUUAAUUUGUUCUUACAAAUGUUUUAAUCAACGUGGCCCUAACCUCUUUGGAAUUGCUCAGGUGUAGAGCAGGUGGGAAGCUCAUUUAGAGCCUCACAUGAUUUGCUCCAUCAGCUCUGCACAACAAUCAGAUUAUGCCCUACUUAUGAUACCAUCCUGUGCCUCUUUGUUUUGUCAAUACAUUAAGAAAAGGAAAUAAUUAACUUACUU